AUGAGUAGUGCUUACAACUAUGAGUUGGCUCAUUUUAUCGUGCGAUACUCAACUUUCAGUAAUACAAGUUCACAAAUUCUAUCUAGCCAACCACCAUUCAAUGGCCUCACUCUGACAGCCACAAUUGCCCCUGUGGACAGACAAACAAGCAGGCCAAUGCGUCUAGCCGGAAAUCAUGGGCGAUUGCAUGGCUACAGCCUUACCUCGGAUCUCGUGAACAUUUUUCUGCCUUGGAGGCUUUUGCACCUUGCGGCCGUUUGGAUACGGAGACACGAGAUGCCGGCAAACGCCGCAUCUGCCCGGCCAGACGAGAUCGCGCCCAAUGAGUUCCGUUCCCCCGGGGAGAGAGAGUGGAGUGGGGACGAAAAUAUGGAGACCAAAGACAUGUCUCCUCUUCUCGUUCACUUCCCAAAGGAACCGGCGUCGCGACUACUCGCUUUCGGAUCACGUAGUCAUCACACCGUCAGCCUGGGUCCGUGUGUCUCCGUCCUCAGCGCCGGCCAUCUUGGCCAAGGCGUCGGGUUGCGAAUUUCAGACGAUACCGUCGGCGGUAUCACAAGAAGCCUCCAAGGGCAAGAAGCGGACCAGCACCAUCUCGAAAGUGGGACUGAAUGCGGAAUUUGA